CCUCAAUAACCCAAAACCAACAUUUACUUACAAAGUAAAAAACCGCCUCUCUCUCUCUCUCUCUCUCUCUCUCUCGUUCUUACACAGUGAAGAAAAUGGUGGGUUCUUUAUCUCACUGGUUCGAGGGGCUUCAAAGAAUGUCCAAGAACGAAGGAGGAGCAAAACCAGUUUACAGAGACGACUUAAACAAAAAGGCCAACCGAACAGAAGAUUCACCGAUCACGAACAAGCCUCUUCGCGAGAAAGAGGGUUUGAAACCCAUUCGCAGAAAUACCGCGACCAAGAAGAAGACCCACAAGGUCGUGAGGUUCGCCGACGAACACACCACGAUAAAGCCUCUGCCCGAGGAAGAAGGUCUCGAGCCACGUAAGGUCGUGAAUUUCCAUGUCGAGACAUUACGUCAUCAGAAAGAGGGUCUCGUGGUAGAGGAGGAGGAGGAGGAGAAAAAGGAGGUUAUUAGGGUUAAGAUCAAGAUGAAGAAGCUCGAAGCUGAACGGUUACUGUCCAAACGCAACCAAAACGGCGGCGUUUUGGAAUUCCGACACGUGGCGGACCAAAUUGCCACCCUCCCCGUUCACCACGUUCACGUCGCGACGGUUUUGGUCGCUUGUAACAAGAACGAUAAUGGAGGAGUAGGAGCCGGUUCUGAUUAUAACAAGUAUUUCAAAUAAAAAUCAAUAUAAUAUUUAACCAGAAAACCAGAAAAAAAAAUCAAUAUAAUAUAAGUUCUGCGUGUUUUUUUAAAACAAAAAAAAAGGGACUAGGAGCUUUUGUGGGAGAUUUUGUAUUAAAUAUAUUUAAGAGUAACAGUUUUAUAAAUAUAUAU